AUGCGGGUGCGUUGUCCAAUUCAUAAUCUUUGCCAACGAGAGAGGCGGGCGGCACUUAACAAAAGCCCCUCAACCUUGGAUCAUCAUCCGGGUCGUCUGGAGUUCGACUUUGCUUCUUCCGAGCCCGGUGUAAUAGUUGUUAAUUAUCAUCGUCGACGAGAGCAGGCUCCGACACUCACAAUGGCCGCCGUUGCGUCCCUGGACCCUCACAUUCGCGGCAUCAUCGAUGAUGCCGCCGCCGAUGGCAUCCCGUUCCGGGCCAAGUCGGCUCACUUCCACACCACCUGGGCGCGCACCUUCUCAUCGCUGCCGGAGCUCUUCAUCCAGCCUCAGUCGCAGCAGGAGGUUGAGAAGGCUGUCAAGCUUGCGCGCCGGUGCAGACGGCGUAUCACCACUGUCGGCCAUGCACACUCACCUUCGGACCUCACGUGCACGAGUAACUGGCUGGUCAACCUCGAUGGAUUCAAGAAAGUGUUAUCUGUCGAUAAGGAGACUGGUCUCGUUGUCAUGCAAGCCGGCAUCCGGCUAUGGCAACUCACUGAGGAGCUGAAUAAGCAUGGCCUCUCAUUCCCUGUGCUGGGUAGCGUCAACGAGCAGAGCAUCGCCGGCGUCAUCAGCACAGGAACCCGCGGCAGCACCCUGAAAUACGGUCUGCUUUCCGAGGCCAUUUCCUCCCUCAAGAUCGUCCUUGCCAACGGUGAGACGGUCUCAUGCUCGCCGGACGAGAACCCGGAUCUCUUCCGCGGCGCCACGCUGUCGCUCGGCGCCCUCGGCAUCAUUACCGAGGUCAGCUUCCGUGCCGUGCCGGCUUUUAGCUUGCACUGGCAGCAGACGAUCCAGGCCGACUACAAGAUGCUCGACGCCUGGAAGCAAGACAACAAGCUGUGGACCCAGUCCGACUUUGUCCGGGUGUGGUGGCUGCCUUAUACCAGGAGGGCCGUGGUCUGGAAGGCAGACAUUGUCACAAAGGAAGACCUCGAGUCCGGAAAGGAGAAGAACCGAGAUCCGCCAGUCGGCUACUACGAUGGAGCUCUCGGUUAUCACAUAUACCACAACCUCCUUUACCUAUCGCGUUACAUCCCUCGCAUCCUGCCCUGGGUUGAAUGGUUCGUGUUCGGCAUGCAAUACGGCUUCAAUGAUGGUUACACCUCAUCAGCCAUCCAGCCCAUGGAUAAGGCUUUGUGGAUGAACUGUCUCUACAGCCAAUUCGUCAACGAGUGGGCCAUCCCGCUCCACCGCGGGCCCGAGGCCCUGAUGCGUCUCGGAUCCUGGCUCAACAAGCUCAAGCCGGGCGACCCCGACUACGUCGACCACGGCAUUCCCUUCUCUGCUGAGGGCCUCUACGUGCACUCGCCCGUCGAGGUCCGCGUCUGCGACGCCACCGUCCACACCAGCGCUGAGCAGCGCAACAGACCCUUCCUCGACAGCACCGUCAAGGACGGUCCCACGCUCAACCUCAACGCGACGAUGUACCGUCCCUACGACCUCGACCCACCCGGCCUGAAGCGCUGGAUGCAGGGCUUCGAGUGGUUGAUGCGUGACCUCGGUGGCAAGCCGCACUGGGCUAAGAACUUCAGCGUCAAGAACGAGGAGUUUGCUGAGUGGUACGGUGAUGACAUGGUCCAGUGGCGUCGUGUGCGUGAUGAGGUUGACCCCGACGGACUGUUCGUCGGACCUUGGCACCGGCAGUUUGUGCUGGAUCCCAAGAGCGCUCUUCUCAAGUUUGAGGAGUUUGAGAAGACGAGGCAUGAUGCUGGCCGGGGUGUAACCGUAUACGGCACCCGUCUGGAGAUCGAAGAUGCCGAUGCUGAUGUCAAGGCAUGA